AUGUUGGUCGGGUUGCUGUUCGUCUUGGCCAUUACGGGGCAAUGUCUUUGCAUCCCAAGCAUACUUUCCUUCCCAUUUGCGACGCGAGCUAAACCCAUCACUUUUCCGGAUUUGUAUGAAGCCUCAGUCCCGGAAUUGCAAGCGGGUCUUAAUGCUGGUCACUUUACCAGUGUCGAUCUCGUAAAGGCUUACUUCGCCCGAAUUGAGGAAGUAAAUUUGAAAGGACCUGCAUUGAGAGCUGUCUUGGAGCUGAACCCUUCUGCUUUGGCACAAGCAGCAUCUCUAGAUCGUGAACGAAAGCUGAAGGGAGCCCGCAGCACCCUGCAUGGCAUCCCGAUUCUCUUGAAGGACAAUAUUGCUACUAUUGCUUCAGAGGGAAUGAAUACAACUGCUGGGUCGUUCAGCCUAUUGGGAUCUGUUGUCCCAGAAGACGCUGGGGUGGUAAAACGACUCCGUAAGGCUGGAGCCAUCAUUCUCGGCAAGGCGAACUUGUCAGAAUUUGCCCACUUCCGAGCUGGUAGCCUGCCAUCGGGGUGGUCGGGGCGUGGUGGACAAAAUACCAAUGCCUACUUUCCUAAUGCUGAUCCAUGUGGAUCAUCUUCCGGAUCAGGGGUGGCGACAUCUAUUGGGCUGACUGCUGUUAGUCUCGGCACGGAGACAGACGGAAGUAUAACCUGUCCUUCAAGUAACAACAACCUCGCGGGAAUUAAGCCCACCGUGGGCUUGACGUCUCGAGCAGGAGUUAUACCCAUUUCGGCACAUCAAGACACUGUCGGCCCCAUGACGCGCUCUCUGACAGAUGCAGCCAUCGUCUUGUCUGUGAUCGCAGGCAAAGACGCCAACGACAACUUCACCCUGGCCCAACCUUCGCGCGUCCCUGAUUAUACGAAAGCACUGAACAAGAAUGCGUUGAGAGGAAAGCGUAUUGGCGUCCCUCGACGCGUGUUCACAGACGAUAGCAUCACUGGGACUGACCCGUCGGUCAACGUGGCUUUCAAUCGUGCUCUAGAUAUCAUUCGCAGCCUUGGAGCGACCGUGGUGGAUCCUGCAGACUUGCCUUCCGCCGACGAAAUUGCCAUCUCUAACAACGAGACUCUUGUACUUGAUGUUGACUUCAAGGUCCAACUCAACGACUGGUACGAGGCUCUCAAGAAAAAUCCAUCUGGAGUACGAAGUUUAGCGGAUUUGAUCAAGUUCAAUGAUGACCACCCCGAGUUGGAGGAACCACCUCAACUUGAAGAUCAGUCAGAGCUCAUCAGCUCGGAAGCUACCAACGGAUUUGAUGACGCUUUCUUCAAGGCAUUGGCGUUCGAUCAAGAAUUGGGGAAAACGCGAGGAAUCGAUGCAGCCUUGAAAGCACAUCGCCUCGACGCGUUGGUGCUUCCGUCUACUGGCUUCACAACAGUCCCCGCCGCGAUUGCGGGGUAUCCGAUUAUCACUGUUCCGCUCGGGUUCUAUCCUGACAACGUAACUAUUGGCUCCGCCGGGCCCACGACAUUCUACCCCGCACCAGGCGUACCAUUCGGAUUAUCAUUCUUAGGAACCGCCUUUACAGACUUUGACUUGAUCGGGUUUGGGUUUGCUUACGAGCAGAGGACGAAGACACGAUUGGCAAGGAAGGCGUUUGCAGCUGCCAUCCCAAAGACGCAGUUGAAGGAUGUUAUUUAG